CCACUAGACGUAAUCUAGAUGUAAUUGGUAUUAUUACUAUUAUUGUUUUAAAGGCCAAAUCUGAACAUUUACAGUUCAUUGAUGCAAAAUUAGUCUAUAAUUCUCAUAAAAAAUAUUCAUCAUUGAAAAAUCAAGCAAAAACUGAUGGCCAAAUACUUGAUCAA